GUCAGACGGAGAUGUCUAGUUUGUGUGUAAAAAAUAAUUAAUUUGUCGACGUUUUUGUGUUACAAUUAUGUGAAUAAUGAGAUGAAAGUGUAAAUAAAUGUUAGAUUAGUGUACGCUAGUGAUUAUGGCGCAUAGUGGUGGUGUUUUAAGCUCGGAUAUAUCGCGUAGGAAUCCUCAAGAUGAAUACGAGCUCAUACAGAGGAUCGGUUCGGGCACUUACGGAGAUGUGUACAAGGCGAAACGUCUUAACGGCAAUGGUGAGCUGGCUGCCAUCAAGGUGAUCAAACUGGAACCGGGUGACGACUUCGCUAUCAUCCAGCAGGAGAUCCUGAUGAUGAAAGACUGUCGUCACCCGAACAUUGUCGCGUAUUAUGGCUCUUAUCUGAGGAGGGAUAAAUUAUGGAUAUCCAUGGAGUACUGCGGAGGAGGAAGCUUACAGGACAUUUACCACGUGACGGGUCCACUUACCGAGUUACAGAUAGCGUACAUGUGUAAGGAGACUCUGAUGGGCCUGUCGUAUCUACACAGUAUGGGAAAGAUGCACAGAGAUAUAAAAGGCGCUAACAUCUUACUAACGGAAUGUGGGGAUGUGAAGUUGGCAGAUUUUGGGGUAUCAGCACAGAUUACGGCUACUAUUAAUAAAAGGAAAAGUUUUAUUGGUACACCCUAUUGGAUGGCACCAGAGGUAGCGGCUGUAGAAAGAAAGGGUGGAUACAAUCAACUUUGUGAUAUUUGGGCGUGUGGUAUCACUGCGAUUGAGCUAGCGGAACUCCAACCACCAAUGUUUGAGCUACACCCGAUGCGAGUAUUAUUCCUAAUGUCAAAGUCGGGAUUCAAACCACCACAGUUAAAAGAGCGGGAACGUUGGUCGCAACUAUUCCACGCAUUUCUUAAACUAGCAUUAACAAAGAAUCCUAAGAAACGGCCAACCGCCGAGAAAUUAUUACAGCACGCAUUUUUCCAACAAGAUAUGAGCAAACGUCUAGCGAUAGAUCUACUGCAGAAAUACUCGAACCCACCCAGUCACUGUAACAGUCAAGAGUUGGAUGACGAUGGAGCUUUAUCAAACGUACCUCAACGAAUCGCUUCGCGACAGACGCGAGGUCGUCCUCGGUCACUGAUGGAGGCUCGGCCUUCGCCCCUCGAUCAUCCGCUCAGAUUAUCAUCAGAAGAAGAGAGAGAGGCGAACAGACGUUCGGGCGUGUACGACGAUUCCCCGAUCAUAGACCUAGACGCUGACGACGAUUUGAGUUUGUCUAUGCCCAAAGUGAUCAAUUUUAGUGCUGAAGUCAACAGGUGUGAUGGAGACACUGUUAAACGGAACUUAUACCACAGACAAACGAGCGAAGAUUGGAGUGUCGCGUCUCUCAUGAGCUGUCCAAAGCACAAUCCGCUGACCCAAGACCCUUCCACCGACAGUAUGCCUUCCAGCGAGAACAAGUGGUGUCGGGUCGUCACUGGUGAUGAUAUUAUGAGAAUGAGUUUGAGGAGCCUCUUGCAAUAUAUUGAUGAAGAGUUAAUGCUCAGGGCAACACUACCCCUGACAGCAGACACAGCGGCCAUGUCCCAAGCCACCAGCUCCGGUCUGUCGAUCCACGACCAACAUCUCUCUCAAUGCAUACAAUUAAAGCAGAACUUCUUAAACAAUUCCACCACGAAUGUUUACCAAAGCAUCGCGUCUAAUUUCCAAUCUCCCAUCGGAGCAUCUUCCAUUUCAAUAGACGAUCCACUCUCUAGAAAGAUCGAAACGGAUAUUCUAUACGUCGAUCAGCAGGAGAACGACAUAGCGAACGACUCGUCGCAAAUAAGAAACGCAAACUGCGAAUGCGGCUUGUGUCCCAAACCAGAAGCGAAAGGUAACAACACGCUGAGCGAUUUGCAAAGAUCGGUAGCGUCGAAAUGUUCGUGCGAUGCGUGCAAUUCAAACGGCGAUAUAUUGAGCUACUAUCGACAUUGUUCGAACCAAAAUGCAGAUUCGGGUAUAGUAUACUGUGAUACGUGUAAGAAACAAAAGAUUUCUCUAUCGAAUUUUCGCGCUUUGCAAAUAGCGAAUCGCUUACGGAUAGCGGAUACAGAUCGAGUCGAAAACGGCGGGACGUCUGAUGAUGAUUUGUGCAGGAAGAUAGAUAUGAGCAUGAACAUGGAGGACAAAAGCUACGAGCACAGGAAAAGACACAACAGACAUAACUCGGACUCAGUCACGGCUGGUAUAGAUCUGAGUCAGUUCUGCCAGUGCGAAAUGGAGAGAACCAGUAAGAGGAAGACGUCGUCGGUGGACGAGAUAUUCAAAAUGGUCGAAGAGAAUGGUCGGGACGGUCAGAAGGAGCUGGUGGACGAGGAACUGAAGACCAGUCAGAGGCAAAGGAGUCUGUCCGACAGUCAAAGGGAUAAAGCGAAAGUCGAAGGCGACGCGCGCACGCCGCCGGUGCCGCCGCGGCGCGCGCGCGGGCGGCGCACGCGCACGCCGCCGCGCCCCGCGCCCAACGGCCUGCCGCCCACGCCCAAGGUGCACAUGGGGGCUUGCUUCUCGAAGGUGUUCAACGGAUGCCCUUUGAGGAUAAACUGCACAGCGUCCUGGAUACAUCCAGACACCAGAGAUCAACAUAUUCUUAUAGGGGCAGAGGAAGGUAUCUACACUUUAAACUUGAACGAGCUUCACGAAACGGCCAUGGAUCAGCUGUGUCCGAGACGAACUAUAUGGAUGCAUGUCAUAAAAGAUGUUUUAAUGUCGCUCUCUGGUAAAACUCCAUCACUCUACCGCCAUGAACUUCUCGUACUAUCGGGUAGCGGUAGAGGAGGAAGGGGUGGUGGUGCGCGGUCGCUCCGUGUCCUGCCGCCGAGAUUACUGCCGCGACGGUUCGCGCCUACCACUCGGGUACCUGAUACUAGAGGUUGUAUGAGAUGUGCGGUAGCCCGUAAUCCCUACAACGGCUACAAAUAUCUUUGCGGUGCGACUCCCGCUGGACUUUUCCUCAUGCAGUGGUAUGAUCCACUCAGAAAGUUUAUGUUGCUCAAGAACAUCGAAUGUGUGGUACCUUCACCGCUACUGGCUUUCGAGCUGAUCAUCACGCCUGAGCUGGAAUAUCCGCUGCUCUGCGUCGGCGUCACCCGGAAACCGCUCCGACUCAAUCUAAUCAAUAUAAAUUCAGGAGCGACGUGGUUCCAUUCGGAUGAAUUGGAACUCUGUCCGGGUGGUUCGAACACUGUGAUCCCGCGUCCGGAACGGCUUCAUACAUUGCGAGCCGUUCAUCAGUUGAAUAAAGAUGCUGUGCUGGUGUGUCAUGAAAACGUAGUAGAUAUCAUCCCAGUGCUUCCAACGUUCGAGAGGCGACACGACGAGAGACGUCGGAACAAACUUCCAUCGCGGAUACAAUUCGACUUCCAUAUUGAUAGUAUAUUGUGUUUAGCCGAUUCAGUAUUAGCAUUUCAUCGUCACGGCGUUCAGGGCCGUUCGUUGAGAAAUGCGGAUAUAACACAAGAAAUCACCGAUCAUUCUCGCGCGUACAGACUGCUUGGAAAUGAUAAAGUGGUGGUAUUGGAAUCGCAUUUGCUUCAAAACAACACGCUGUCGGGCGAAGACGGCAACGAUUUGUACAUAUUGGCUGGUCACGAAGCGUCGUAUUAAUUCGCAUUUCGCUUAUACACAAUACUAACGGAAAGUAAUAAAAAAUUAAACGUUUAUCGAUAAUUUCAUUUGUAAUUGGUUCAUCGAUUUCGUCUAAUUUACACCAUGAUCCAGUUUAGUUAAUAUGUCGAACGUAUUUUUUUAUACAAAGUGAAAAUUAUUUGUAACACGCUAGUAUUUGCUGAUAGUUAUAAAUAUAUUUUGUGGUUUGUAGUACCUCAAAUGCAUUAGAAUCGUUUAAUUAUUAUAAUUGAUAAUGUCUCAUGAACCACAUAGUCGCAAUCUCGGUUCAUAGUGGUUAGGAAUGGAUCAUAACAACAGUGAUUUGACAAUAGAUUUGCAACUGUAAUUCCUAUACAAUUAGGUUGUAUUUCGUUUGCAAUUAAUAUAAUUUGGUCGAGUGACUGGAGUAUCAAAAUCGGUUGUGGGAUUUUUUGAAAUGGGUACACAUCUAACAGGUAUCCAUUAUAGAAGUAUUGUAUCAUAGUACAGCUUAAUAUAUAUUAAAAUAUCAACGUCGCUAAGCUAUACAUACAUACAUGUUUCUUUGCUUUUAAAAAAUUAAAAACGAACUGUUUUUAAUGGGACGCUUUUUAAUUACUACCAUUCGUAAGCAAAACGAAUCAUUUUUUCGAAUAUAGUAACCUGAUUGAAUAAAGAAAUGAAAAAAACUAAAAACAAAUACACAGAUCACAUUAUUAUCUUAGCGAUGACCUUAAUUUUAUUAGCUGACUAAUAUAAAAUAUAGUGACCUCAUUUAAUCUUAGAUUAUUUAGAAUCGAAGAAAUUCCGCGAGGCAACCUAGUAUUAUAAAAAUCCUUAUAGCACUGCCAGUAAUUAAAUUCAUUGAUGUCGAAAGCAAUACUUAUACAGCGAAUGAUUUUAUAGGUAUUCGAGUUAUCGAAACGCGUAGAGUUCAAUAGUCAAUGUAGAGUAACUACGCUAUACGUAUUGGAAGAUUAAACCGUUAGAUUUAAAAAUUCAACAAAUAUUUUACAAUAACAUUUCUAACUUUCUGGCUAAAUUUAUUUUCUAUAUUAUUUAAGAAUGGCUGAAAAGGAUGGACCUAGAACAGAAAAAAAUUAAAAAAAUAUAUAUUGUUUAAUUUUUAAUUUACAUUUAUUUGAUAAUAUUCAUUAAGAUCUUUAACGUAUUCAUAGCCGCUGCAGUUAGUUUCUUUUAUACUUGCACAAAACCAAACUAAAUAUAAAAUUAAAAGAAACGAUUUUAAAUGUAACGGUUUUUUAUUUCAAUUAAAAUACAUAUUAAUUAGCGUGAAUACAGUACUAAUAGGAAGUUAGACAGACUUUUUAAAUAUACAUAAAUAAUAGGUUGAACAGUUUGAUUUCUAUAGCAAUAAUAUAUUUUAGUACGUUAUGAAUAUGCUUGCUUUGUGUAAGUAACCAAAUUAAGUGAUUUGAGGUUCGGUGUUACCUUAAACUUUUACAAAAUAUAAAAAAGACAAUUUUCCUUAUAAAUAAAAUGUAGAUAACAUAGAUUUUUUUUUUUAAAUGAAUUACUAAUGUAUUUUUUUUGUAAAUAAUUACAAAUAUUCCAAUUAGUUUUUAGUCAAUUGUAUAAUAUCAAUAGUGUAGUUAUUGUAAUUUUAAUGUAUUUAAUUUUUUUAAAGGUAUCCUCAUUUCUGAGUGAAAAUGGACUGUUUAUUUAUUGUCUGUCUUUGUUUUUUUUUUAUUAUAGUUUUUUUCGUAUUAUUCAUGGUAAAGUUUUGAAAUACAAUCAAAUUUAUUUAUCAAGUGUAUUUUAAUUAAUGAGAUUAUUAAUUUACCUAAUGCUUUAUGAGGUAUCUUUUGAUGUAAUAUCGGGAUGUUAAAAGAUACAAUUAUACAGCCCAUGACUAUAUUUUUUGUCUAUAUUAUUAUACAGAUUAAAAUAAACGCCGAUGGCAUUAUAUUUCUAGACAUAGUCUGUUCUUUCAUAAUUUCAAAUCCAGUUAUUUUUAUGCAUUCUCUUACGGAAGCUGUGUGAGGGAAAUCCACUGUCUAGCAAUAAAACAUUGUUGAACAUAUAUUUUUUUCUUUAAUUCUUUAUUUCUUCAAGGAUGUAUAUAUCCAACUAACAAUGGUAAUAGUGGAUUUUUUGCACCGCCAUUUAUUUAUUGACUGUAACACUUGAAUAAUCCAGUUUAUUUAUACUCCGAAAUAAACUUUUAUUUUAAGUU